AUGGCCGGUAAACUAAUUGUGGAUUGUUUCGCUUUGUUUAGGACCUUCAUCCGCAAGAACACUGUUCUGCUGACUACCGCCUUUGCCGGUGCCUUUGCCUUCGAGCUUGGCUUCGAUAUCACCUCCAACAAGAUCUGGGACUCCUGGAACCAGGGCCGCCAAUGGAAGGACAUCAAGCACCGCUACAUGGUUAAGGAAGAGGAGGAUGAUGAAUAA